AUCAUGGGGUUAGAGGACUAUAAGUUGAGGGCCACCGCUCAGACACCUGCAGACAAACAAGCAAGCAGCAAAGCAGAAGACAGCUGGGAUAAUUUGCCAAAGCGCAUUUAAGGAUAUUAUACUUCACCGUGAGCUCUACAAACAGACCAACAGCAACCAUGUCAGCACACGCCAGCCUCUUCCUUCUCAUCACCGUGUGUGUGUCCAUGCAGGAAGGUUCUGGACAUCCACUGUCAGAGAGGCCUAAAUCCAGUGAUCUGGCUCCACCUCACAGAGUGCGGACCAAACGCUGUGCUUGCAACAACCAGCUGGACUCUGAAUGCCACUACUUUUGCCAUCUCGACAUCAUCUGGGUCAACACACCAAGUAAGACCACUGUUUACGGCUUGGGCAGCCCUCUGUCACGUCGCCGUAGGUCCGCUGGUCGCUGUGUGUGUGCAGACUCUGACGACCACACCUGCACCAGCUUCUGUCUGGACAGCUCAGAUAACUCUUCACCCCAGAGUGCCAUUAAGAGCUCCCGUGCCAACCUGUUGACUUUCCUUAGAUCUAUGGUCAGAGCCUCUGAGAGAACCAGGGGAUGGGCCUUCCCACCCAGGAAGGAAGCAGCUAGGGCCCCUGGGCUUGAUGAGCGCUAAAUGACAUGGCAUGGCAGACAGAGUGAGGAGAGAAGAGCGAGCGCCAGAACAAAUGACACUCCUCUAACAUGGAGAGUAGCAGAACAAAGGGCUGCUGGUAGAGAGAUGUGUCACAUGCAGGAAGGCCACAGACCAGUGGCCUCAUGGUGUCCGCCUGUCUGUUUGUCGGUUUUCACCCAUAAAUAGAGGUUGGAAAACAAAAUGUGACAGAGGCCUGAAGACAGAGAAUAGAUGCUAGAUCUAUCUUGAGGGAUGGAUCAAGCAUGAUGCAUACAGGAUAUUUGUGCAGCAAAAUAUUUAUGUUUGGGGCAGGAGGGACAAGGUUGGUCCAUGCUACUGGCAGACUCUGGCCAGGUAGCCGUAAAGGAGAGAACACUUGAUGUGUGUAUGCUGUUUGUCUGUGUUCAGAACAGUGGCAGACCAUGCUGUCAUGAUGGAAAGAAUGUGACAGGGACAAUAUGACUGACAGGCUACUGAUACGAUAAAUCAAAAUUAUGUAUGAGAUAACCACUGUGUUUUUCUCAUUCUUUUGCCAAACAUAUUUAAUCUCUCCAUUAUUUGAUUGUAUAAUAACAACAUAUUAUGAUUGCUAUGCAGGUUAUUCAUCAGGGAAAAUGACUGAGGUCAUUUAAAGGUGCAAUGUUUAGGAUUAUACACUUAGUGUACAAAACACAUAUAUAAUCCAUGUCUCAAAUGUGUCAAGUCUUAAAAAUUAUUCUUUAACCUGUCUCCUCCCCUUCAUCUACAAUGAUUUAACAACUGACAUCAAUAAGGGAUAAUAGCUUUCACCUGGAUUCACCUGGUCAGUUUAUGUCAUGGAAAGAGCAGGUGUCCUUAAUGUUUUGUACACUCAGUGUAUAUGUGUGUAUAGGUGGGAGUAAAAAAUACAUAACAUUGAAACAUACGAUACGGUAUAUCAUUGACUAUUUAUUCAAUUCUUGAGAUUUUGAUUUAGACCACUUCUGUAUUGAGUGACUGUGUGAAGCAGUGUGUAAUAAUAAACAAAUGAAUGGUUGAAUUAU